CACUGUGCCAAACUCGGUGGCGCCCGCGCCUCUCUUCAGUCGAGUGUGUUCCUUAGCGGGAAGUGUAUGGCGCGCGAUGUGUUUGCAUGUUCGGCUGCUGUGCGGCGCGCUCUGGUGGCCGGUGCUGAUGCGCUGCGUCCGCGCCGCGCGCACCUACGACGACGAUUAUGAUCAGGUGUGUCAUCUGUCACCGACCCUGCUUCUUGUGCACUCUGAAACCAAAUUCUUCAACGAAUAGCUUCACCUGUAAUUUGGCAAUCGACGUAGGCGUUGACGAAUUCGUCGUCAACGAUUGUAGUCGUACACUUUUCACUUACUUUGCUUUAAUUACGCCAGUUUAUUUAACGCUAGCGGCUUGUCUGUAGGUUACGUGUGAUUCGAGCUUGAAAUUGGUUUAUUAUUGAGGAUAUAGUCUGAGUCGUGUGGAAUUGUGAUGUGCCUAGUUCAUUAGCGCUCCUCGAGUUAUGUUUAUCAAGGCCGUGCCCGUGGCGGCCGAAGAGGAGCGUCGUGGUUCAGUGUCAAAUUGGUUUUCGUCGUUGAGACGAGGCGGUCGGCGCAAACGCGAUGACAAUGGUGUUCCGACCGGUUACGGCUCAUUAGGCAGAAGGAAGGAGGGCGCCCAGGCUCGCGGCAAGACGAGAUCUGCCUGGGACCUUACCAGCGUCACCCGACUGCAACUCAAAGAUGAGCUCGGUGAAGUGGUGGCCGAGCUGGAGGCCCUCGACGGCCAAGAGGAGUGCAAGCAGAAUAGUAAAGCCAAACAGAUGAGCAUAGGUAGAAAGAAAUUUAAUAUGGACCCCAAAAAAGGUAUCGAAUACCUGUAUGAAAAUGGUCUGUUACAAAGGACGCCGGAAGACGUAGCGCAGUUUCUACAUAAGGGCGAAGGGCUCAGUAAAACAGCGAUAGGAGACUACCUCGGAGAACGUUCGGAUUUCAACGAGGCGGUUCUCCGGGCGUUCGUCGAGCUACACGAUUUCACGGACUUAAUACUUGUACAGGCGCUUAGACAAUUCCUAUGGAGUUUUCGCUUGCCCGGCGAAGCGCAGAAGAUCGACCGUAUGAUGGAAAGUUUCGCUCAACGCUACUGCCAACUGAACCCGGAUAUAUUUACGAAUGCAGACACGUGCUACGUGCUCAGUUUCGCGAUAAUAAUGCUCAAUACGUCUCUACACAACCCGAGUGUGAAGGACAAACCGACACCGGAACAAUUUGUCGCCAUGAACCGCGGGAUAAAUAAUGGCGGUGAUCUACCUCAAGAAUUGCUCUUGUCUCUAUACGAGUCUAUAAAGACGGAGCCGUUCAAAAUACCGGAGGACGACGGUAAUGAUCUCAUGCAUACUUUCUUCAAUCCCGACAAAGAAGGCUGGCUCUGGAAGCAGGGUGGCAGAUACAAGUCAUGGAAGAGACGAUGGUUCAUACUGAACGAUAACUGUCUGUACUACUUCGAGUACACGACGGACAAAGAGCCGCGAGGCAUCAUUCCACUAGAAAACAUAUCUGUUCGUGCAGCAAGCGAUCGCCAAAGGCCACAUUGUCUGGAGUUGUAUGCAAGUGGCGGAGCAGACCUCAUCAAGGCUUGCAAGACAGAUUCCGAAGGAAAGGUGGUCGAAGGAAAGCACACAGUUUACAGAAUGUCAGCAGCGACCGCCGAAGAACGCGACGAAUGGAUUGAAUGUUUGCGACGCUCGAUAAGUCACAAUCCGUUCUACGAUAUGCUCGCACAACGCAAGAAGAAGGCUCAACACAACUUACAUUCCGGUUCGCACUAGCGCGCACUGACUAGUGCGCUACUUACUACCUACCCGGUGGUACUACCUACCACCUACUUGGUGGUACUACCUACGCCUUCCUAGUGUAUUACCUACCACCUAACUGGUGGUCGCUAGUGUGAAGUCUAACCACACUAGUAUAUACGUGGCAUCUGGUACGUUUAGUGCGCACUGAAAUAAAUUAUGAUGUCCAGAGCGCACUAGAAUACACCUAGCGACGUCUAGUGCUCGUUGAUCACCUAGGACAUCUGGUGUAUAGUAAGAUACAUCAGCGACAGCUAGUGUGCACCAAAUACAUUCUGGGAUAUCUGACACAUUGGGAUACAACUGUUGACAGUUUACUACUGUAUAAGAUCGGCAUAUCUUACAGACGAAGGUCUAUAGUUAAGUGCCAUUUGAGCACAGCGAUUACUAGUGCGCACUGGACAACUAGUGAAAUAUUUACCAUAAAUAAAAUUAGUUAACUUAUUACGUCUUGAACUCGGCCUAUCACAUUUUAGAACACCAAUUUUAAUAAUAUUACGCUAGAGUUCUUUUAUCAAAAUAUUAAAAGUUUUACAUCAUCAGAAAUUGUGGAAAUAAUGUAUUUAUUAAUACAAGAGGAAUCGAAAUAACAAUUACAAUGCAAAUUUUAUUAGGUUUGUGUGUUUAUAUAUGUGUAAAUAAAUUGUUGAAUCAGUGAUCACAAAUGAAUGUGUUUAACGAAACCGUGGGAUAAAUGGUAGCAAAGUCUUUAACAACUUUUUUGUUAUAAGUUGUCAUUUAAUAUAGUUUUGAAUAAGAGUAGGAAUAUACAGAUUAGGUCUUGGCGUAGAACAAGAACAUUCAUUACUUUGAUACUAUUAAAUACUGGCCAUCAGUGUAAAAUAUUAAUUAAAAUUGAAAGAAAUACAUACUGGACAGUAAGAACUGAAGAAAGAAAAAAAAAAAAAAAAACAAGAAUAAAUUUACAAUGAAAAUUAGGUAUUUGUUUAUUAAUUGUAAGGGUGUUUUUAUUUGUAUGGCUUUUUUAUAUGUGGAUAAAACACACUGAUGGCCUUAUUAUUACAUAUUGAAGCAAUCAUGUUCAAGUUGUAGACGUCCAGCUAGUUUUAGUAGCGUAUCUUCAAAUUUGUUACGGAAGAAACUUAGUGCGAGACCACUGAUACAUUUUUACUGAUAAAAAUUGCUCUAAAAACCAUGAUAUAUCUUAGUAAAAUUACACUACAACAUUGUAGUUGCGAUAUUUUAGUAAUUAUGUAUUAGAUUUUGUCCGUAACAAUGAGACAACAUGAAUAAAAUGUGAUAUUUACAGCCAAUUCUACAUCAAGUGAUUAUAGUUGUAGUCGGUCGAACAAAUGUUCGUAAGUCAUGAGCAAAUAGCUCGUGGUCAGUGUUUAUUGUCCAUGUAAAUAACAAAAGCAAGACUGAAACAUUAAGUAUGUCAACGUAUUGUAUCUUGAAUCGAUUACGUUGUAUAACUUUGUAACUCCACACAUACCUAAUAUCAAAUGUACGAAUUGUUGGAUCGAGAAAUGCUUGAUGUACAAAUUUUCAGUGUUAAAGUUAGUUUUAGGUCACGAUUGUAUAAAAUUUUACAUGGAUUUCGCUUAAUUAAAUUGUCGUUGUAUGACGUAAUCGAUAAAAGAUACAAAAUGAAUUACCGCCCGUAUUAUUGAGAUGAUUUGCGAUAUAUUAUUUAAAGUUUUCAACGUUGUGUUCGUAAAUGUAUAGUUAGGGUUUUACAAAUUUAUUGAUGCUUCUCGUUGCUUUGACAAUAAUACGUUCUAUAAAAUGGUUUGUCGUUUAUCGGUCAAACUAUAGGAUUAUACCAUAAUUAUACACAUUAUAUCAAUUAGUCGAAAUUUGUAUUCAAUGAAAGUAUUACACCAUGUAAAAAUAUUAAUUAGUAUUAGUUUUUAUUAUAGUGUAACAUAGUUAUAUUAAUUCUUAUGAUGUAAAUAUGGCUUGAUAGUUGAUUCGAGCGAGGGCUUAGGAAAUUAUUUUGAUGUAUGUUGUUUAUAUUUCUCAUGUUUUUUUUUGUAUUUUAAGAAUUUUAAAUGAACGAGCCAUUGCUUAAAUUCUACGUUUUAGAUUUUGUAAUUAUUUAUAUUAAAACGAUGAUAAAUAGGAGUAAUAUUAGAACUGUGAUGACACUUCUAACAAAAUACUACAUUUUAAGGCAAUGUUUAAUUAAUUACUUAUUAUUAUUAAUAGGUAUUUUCCUUUCGAUUAUCUAAAAUGAGACAAUUUUAUUUUCAAACCCAUUAUUAUUUUGAAUCAAUCUAAUUCAACCACAUUUUAUUUAAUAUGUUGUGUGUAAAUUGUGGUAAUGAAUGAAAAAUAGUUUGAUUGUUUCGUGUUUUGAUGGAAAGUAGAAAAUAGAUUGUUUUGUAUCGUUCGUGUUAAUGCGUCACAAGUUUGGAUAAAAAUUGUCGAUAGUUAUGCGACAAUAUGUCAGUUGAAUACAUCUGUAUGUGAAAUAAUAUGUAACUAAUUUAUUUAUCUAUUGACUAACUGUUCAUUGUUCUAUUAAAUAAUUUAUAUCACACUUGCUUAAUGAUAGCUAUUGUCUGUCAGCGACUAAUAAUUCAACGUACUGACAUAUUUUUACAUAACAUAUUGCAUUAAUGUUUAUGUAUGUAAAUAGGGAUAGGUAUAAAAAUGUGUAGGUUUUAAUCAAAUAUUUAGGGAAAGGUGCCUAAUGAUCUGUAAUUAUUUUAGUUAGUGUAGUUACGAUACAGCUCUGUAAAUUGCGUAAAAUAAUAAUUUAUCUCAAUUAUAAAUGUAACGAUUUAUAUGACAACGGAUAUGUGCAUAAUAAUGGUGUAAAUAAUUUUGUAUGAAAGAAAUACAUUAUUAUCAUUAUUUA